AUGCCAGAGUUGAGGAUCUCCAAGAAGCACCACAAGCACAUCAACAAUCCCUUUCCUUCCACCCCAAAGUGCCUGCCUUUCAUCCAUGGAGGACUCUCCUUCAAUCCACACAAGAUUUCACAAGACCAGAAUUAUCAGAUUGGGGAGGAUUUCCAGCUUGCUUGGAGCUGUAGAAAUGGUGGCUGCCUUUCGAUCUCGCACCGAUCUCAGCCUAACAGGAGCAUAUGGUCUACAAUCCCAGGAGAGGCCUUCAUAUCUGCUGCAGCUGUCCAGACUCAGGUGGAGGAGAGCAGAGGCUCUUUCGCUAUUAAGGAUGGUGAUGUUCUUUUCAUCUGCAAGCACCAGUCUGUGGAAGAAAUAAGGGUCCUUUAUGAGACGGACAUUGAAGAGAAUGCUGAAGAUGAUAAUCUCUUAUCUGGGUUUUCAAACUCAAACAAUAAAGGAACUCCUGAAUCAUUCAAUAAGUCUUACUCCCCGAUUCUGAUGAUCACAGGAAGGCUCUUCAGUAAGAAGACUAACAUACUUCCUAAGAAAAGCUUGUACCUGGGGAAGAAAAAAAUCAGAUUUGGAUGGGCUAGGAAACCUUCAUUUGUUGCUAGAUACUGGUUUUUGCUUGAACAGAGGAGCAGCAAUCAAAUUGGUUUUUCUGUAAAGUUUGGUGAAUAUGAUAAGAAAUUGAGCCCAAGUGUAACAAAAAGAAGAAUUCUACAGGGCUCAAGCUGGAAACUAAUCCGAAUGCAGCGUCAAUGCAUUGCAUACAUCUCAAGGCAAAGAGGUUUUGUUGCACUCUCAUCACAGGAUGAGCAAGGAGAAGAGCAAGUGGUUACAGAAUUCAAUAAAGUUUUCAUCACAUAUGCGAGUGACAAAGAUGAAAAGUUCUAUGGUUUUGGGGAGCAGUUCUCCCAUAUGGAGUUCAAAGGAAAGAGGGUGCCUAUAAUUGUCCAAGAGCAAGGUAUUGGAAGAGGAGAUCAACCCAUCACCUUCGCAGCCAAUCUGAUUAGUUACAGAUCAGGAGGUGAUUGGAGUACGACAUAUGCCCCUUCACCAUUCUACAUGACCUCCAAAAUGAGAUCCCUUUAUCUUGAAGGAUACAAUUAUUCAGCUUUUGAUCUCACAAAGCCUGAUAGAGUACAGAUUCAGAUAUAUGGAAAUUAUGCUCAAGGAAGAAUACUGAACGGAUAUUCACCUGUUGAACUAAUUGAAACCUAUACAGAAACCAUAGGGAGACCUCCAGUGCUUCCAAACUGGAUUAUUUCUGGUGCUGUUGUCGGGAUGCAGGGAGGCACAGAAGCUGUCCGCAGAGUGUGGGAUCAAUUACAGGAUCAUGAUGUUCCUAUUUCAGCAUUUUGGUUGCAGGACUGGGUUGGCAAGAGGGAAACAGUAAUUGGGUCACAAUUAUGGUGGAACUGGGAAGUUGAUACCUGCCAUUAUGCUGGAUGGAGAGAGCUAGUCAACGAUCUUCGUACUCAUGAUAUUAGAGUCAUGACCUACUGCAACCCCUGCCUUGUUCCAACUGAUGACAAGCCAAACAAAUACAAGAAUCUGUUUGAAGAAGCUAAGAGUUUAGGCAUCUUAGUAAAAGAUAAAACACAAGGAACAUACAUGAUACCGAACACGGCUUUUGAUGUGGGAAUGUUGGAUUUUACACAUCCUGCAACAAGUAGUUGGUUCAAGAAAAUUCUACGCGAAAUGGUGGAUACUGGAGUAAGAGGUUGGAUGGCCGAUUUUGGUGAAGGAUUACCUUUAGAUGCUCACCUCUAUUCAGAUGAAGACCCCUUUGAAGCUCAUAACAGAUACCCUGAACUUUGGGCUAAGGUCAACAGGGAAUUUGUAGAUGAUUGGGCAGCAACCUGUCAUGGAAAGGAGAAGGAAGAUCCAGAAGAAAACUUAGUCUUUUUCAUGAGGGCUGGCUUCAGAGGUAGCCCUAAGUGGUCUAUGUUGUUUUGGGAGGGUGAUCAAAUGGUAAGUUGGCAGGCUAAUGAUGGAAUAAAGAGUAGCGUAACAGGUUUGCUGAGCAGUGGCCUCUCAGGUUUUGCCUUCAACCAUAGUGAUAUUGGAGGCUACUGUACAGUAGACAUGCCUAUCAUCAGGUACCGUCGAAGCGAAGAACUUCUCAUGCGCUGGAUGGAAUUAAAUGCAUUCAAUGUAGUAUUCCGGACACAUGAAGGAAACAAGCCAUCGUCCAAUUGCCAGUUUUACUCUAACAGAAACACAUUAGCUCAUUUUGCACGCUGUGCCAAGAUAUACAAAGCUUGGAAAUUCUACCGAAUCCAACUUGUAAAGGAGGCAGCUCAGAGAGGCUUGCCCGUUGCUAGGCAUCUAUUCCUCCACUAUCCAGAUGACAAGCAUGUACAUAGCUUGACAUACCAGCAGUUCUUAGUUGGGACAGAUAUACUGGUAGUUCCUGUCCUUGACAAAGCCAAAAAGGAGGUCAAGGCCUAUUUCCCUAUGGCAGGUGGGUGUUCCUGGCAACACAUUUGGACAGGAAAGAUCUUCACCAGGCCUUUCAAUCACCCGGGGCAUAAUCAAGGGUUUGAAGCCUGGGUCGAUGCUCCCAUUGGCUACCCAGCUGUGUUUGUAAAGUGCGGUUCCCACAUAGGAGAAGCAUUUUUAAGAAACUUAAAAGCUCUUAACAUACUAUAGCUUGUGUUUAUGAUAAAUGUUUCAUUUAUGUACUCAAAAUAUCAUUUUUUUUACUUAUUUUAAUACUCACUAAUUUUAGAAUUCAUGAUU